AUGGCCUCGCCGUCGUCUUCUCCGCCGCCGGGGGAGUCCUCCAUGCGGCCGCCGCCGCCGCCAAAGCUCCUGUCCGACGGGGGCGCGCCGAGCGAGACAGAGGAGGGGACGGCAAAGCGGAAGCGGGGCAAGGACACGUACUACGACAAGAGCGAGGACUUCGAGAAGCUGGCCGCCAAGGACGAGCUCACGCUCAUGCUGCGCCAGCUCCACCCCAAGACGGGCGAGUUUGACGUCUUCAAGCUCUUUUCGAAAGCGGGCAAGGUGACGGACGUGCGGCUGAUCACCGACGAGCGGACGGGGAAGUGUCUCGGCGCGGGGUACAUCGAGAUGGCCGACGGCGGCUCCUUCUCGCGCGCGCUCCAGCUCGACGGCUCUCUCAUCCGCGAGAUGCCAAUCAUCGUGCAGCCGAGCUACGCAGAGAAGAACCGGCUGGCGGCCAAGGGCGCGACGCCGGCGGCGAUCAAGGCGGCGGGGAUGAUGGCGGGCGCGACGCUGGGCAUGGGCUCGGGCGUGGAGAGCGGGAUGAAGCUCUACGUCGGCAACCUCCACUCGGAGAUCACCGAGGAGCAGCUGCGCGGCGUGUUCUCCCCCUUCGGCUCGCCUAAAAGAAAGAAAGCAGCCCGCCGCAAGCCGCGGGAUGGGAGGAGGAGGCGGUGCCCCCACCUGCACGUAGGCUUCCUGGAGCGGAUCGACAUCCACCGCGAGCAAGCGACGGGCGAGGCGCGGUACGGCUUCCUCCACUUCGCCCUCGCUGCGGACGGGAAGCGGUGCAUGGACCAGAUGGACCAGAUGGACUAG